ACGAAAAGACCCCUAAAUAAAAUCGACAAGUUCACCUUGACAGUAUUUGUCCAAGGAAAAUCUAAACAUCAUGCUUAUCAUAUCAUGAAAAUUAACAUGAAAUCCCUCUACCUUGAAACUACAAGGCCGGAUGAUUACCGUGACCGCCGACCGUACAAAGUUGAAAAGCUGAACACCCUUUGGGCUCUUCUGAUUAUAAUUUGCGCUGCAUUACUCUAUGGAGUUGCCGUUGUUCGAUUCUACUCCCUACCCAAACCUUUGGAUGAAAAUGAUCCCCAGAACAGAGGUGAAUUCAUUGCAGCUAGAGCUCGACAAGAUCUGAAGAAAUUAGAGGAGUUGGGGACUCGAGUUGUAGGAAGUGCAUCGAACGAGAAACAGGCCGUAGAGCUCCUGAUGAAAACUGUCAACGAAAUUAAGCAAAAUGCGAGCGAUUUGUACGAAAUAGAAAAUCUGGUGCAGACAGUGUCCGGGGGCCUUGUUCUAGGACCAUCUGCCAGUUUUUACGAUUCCAUUCACAAUGUGGUAGUCAAGUUUUCACCAAGGAAUGCAGUUAGCAACAGUUCACUUCUGAUAAAUGCCCACUUCGAUACGGUUCCUACGAGUCCAGGAAUAAUUCAAGGUGGUGGCGACGAUGGCUUAAUGGUGGCUGUAAUGCUGGAAGUUCUGCGAGUCCUCUCUGCUUCGAAGACACUCCUGCAACACACGAUAAUUUUCCUUUUUAAUGGAGCCGAGGAGAACAGCUUGCAAGGAUCUCAUGCAUUUAUUACACAACACGAAUGGGCAAAGGAUAUCAAAGCAUUUAUUAACCUGGACGCCUUGGGCAACGGUGGCAAGGAGAUUCUUUUCCAAAGUGGACCGCAACAUCCGUGGAUAGCCAAGUAUUACACCCAAUAUGCAGUACAUCCCUACGCCAAUUCUAUGGGGGAAGAAAUAUUCCAGUUGAAUCUGAUCCCAUCUGAUACGGAUUUCAGGAUAUUUCGAGAUUUUGGGCAUAUUCCAGGAUUGGAUUUGGCACAUUGCCUGAAUGAUUACGUUUAUCAUACAGAAUACGAUGGGAUGGAGAGCAUACCAGAUGGAACGUUCCAGCACACGGGCGAUAAUAUUCUAGCCAUAGCGAAAGCAAUUGCUAACUCUCCAGAAUUACCAGAUACUUCGAAACACGCUUCAGGAAAUCUGGUGUUCUAUGAUGUCCUUGGAUGGUUCAUCAUUUACUAUAGUGAUAACACGGGGGUCAUAAUUAACUUAUCAAUUUGUGCAGUCUCGAUAGCAGUAAUAAUUAUUUCGUUGGCGCUUAUUAAACAUUCAGCGGAAGUUACUUACGUGGAACUAGUUUUCAAAUUAAUUUGGUCGUUAUGCGUACAGAGUGCAUCGGGGGCACUGGCAACAGGAGUCGUUGUCGGAAUUGCCUUCCUUUUAGAUUCUGUUGAUUACUCGUUGUCGUGGUUCUCACAACCUUGGCUUUUGUUCGGCCUCUACUACUGUCCAUUCGUAUUCGUUCUGGGGAUGAUUCCAUCUUUGUAUCUAAAUUCUAGAUUUAAUAUACUCCCAUUGCAUUUUGCCAUCCAACUGCUACUACAUUCGCAAUGCAUAAUGUUUAUAAGUGUUGCGAUAAUAAUGACCAUCUUACAAAUUCGAUCAGCAUACGUAGUCACCAUUGCCAUCAUGUUUUACACGUUAACGGUGAUAGUGAAUUGGGUUGUGAACAUCUAUACUAGACCAUAUUUGUGGUUGUUACCCCACCUAAUAGGACAAAUCCUUCCAUUUGCGUUUUAUGGGUAUUUGUCCAUGAUCUCGAACAGCACAUUCAUACCAUUGUCGGGAAGGUUUGGAGCUGACUUCAAUGCUGAAGUCCUGAUUGCUUUCUCUCAAACUGGAUUUGCGAUGCUAAUGGCGGGAUUCCUUGUGCCCAUUUUUAAUUUAUUCAAGAGGACGAAAAUAAUCCUUUCAUUCUUCAUGCUUAUAUUUAUUAUUUUCUUUAUAAUUGCCUUUACUAGUUUGGCUUUUCCGUACACCACAGCAACUGCUCCACAAAGGCAUUCAGUUUACCAUACAAAACGAACCUUCCAUGCUGUAGAUGGUUCUGUGAGAAGGGAGGAUGCAGGUUACUAUAUUCUAACGUGGGAUAGACGCUCUCCUGGCAUAAUUAAAGAUACGCUAGCAAAGCAUGUUACUUUACAAAACGCAGACAAAGACUGUAGUUCGGAAUUAAUGUGCGGCCUCCCCCACUAUUUUUCUGGAAUGAGAAGUUUUGUGAGUUCCGGUUUUUGGGUAGAUGCAAAAAGCCCAGAUUUAGAAGGCAACCCAACCCUUACCCUUCUCAGCAAAGAAGAGAUCAUUGGCCUCCAAAGAUUCACAUUUAAAAUGACAGGAACACGGCAAACUCAAAUUUUUAUUGAGCCUAUCUCUGGCGUGCAACUGAUCAACUGGUCACUGCCCAGCAAGCUGCCAAGCGAAAGUAAUAAACAGGACGAUGCGUACUUCCUUAUGAUGCGCUUUGGAGGAGAUUCAGUAUCAAAGGAAUUUUGGCUGGAUUUUAAGGUUCCAGAGAAGAAUAAUGGUUCAACAUUCAACAUUGCGUUGGUCGGGCAUUAUCAAGAUCGCGAUGACAAAUUAACCACAGAAUUUAAGCAAUUUCUGAAGUUAUUUCCCCCUUAUGCUGCCCUUGUAGCGACACAAAGUUCAUACGAGCGUUGGAGAUUUUAACAAUUAUUUCUUUCAUAUACUCAUUCACUGUCUCAUUAAAAGGAUUUUUGAGAACUGUAUCUAUAUAGAUGAAGUUUAAAACAAAUAAUAUAUUCCGUAAUUUAUUAUUAGCUUUAGUGUCGAUUUGGUAAUAAACAAAAAAUAAAUACAAAUAUUAUAUUAAUA